CAGCCGACAUCGCCCUCGACCCCCUCGUGGGCCUGAUGUUCAUCGCCGACAGCAAACAACUGCUCAGAGCCAACAUGGACGGAACCAACGCCUUCCCCAUUGUUUCCGAGGCGGCUUACAAGGUCUCCGGCGUCGCCACGGAUCUAAUCGCCAAGCGCGUCUACUGGUGUGACCUGCUUCUCGACUACAUCGAGACGGCUGACUACAUGGGUCGCAACCGCGUAAUGGUGCUGAGAGGUAACCAGGUGCCCUCACCGAUGAGGCUCGCGCUAUUCGAGAACAAAGUCUACUGGACCGACAGCUCGAAACAGGCGGUGCUCAGUGUUGAAAAGAGCCAGAGCGAGAGCACGGUUAAGAGCGUGACCAAGCUGCGCGAUGCCAAAGCCAUCAAGGCACUGCACUCGCUCGCCCAGCCCAAGUCCCCGCAGAAUCCCUGCGGCAACAACAACGGUGGCUGCCAGCACAUGUGCAUCGUCACGGCCGCUGGUGGCAAGGAAACGGGUCUCGGCUACCGCUGCGCUUGUGACAUCGGUUGGCGGCUCUCCUCGGACUUGCGCAACUGCGUCCUCGUCCAGGAAUUCCUCAUGUACUCGCAGCAGAGGUUCAUCAAGGGCCGGGUACUGGACCCGGUGACGGAGGGCUUCAGCGACGCCAUCCUGCCGGUCGUCUCGAGGCGCGCGAGGUUCGUCGGCCUGGACUACGACGCGCACGAGCAGUACAUCUACUACAGCGACGUGCUGCAAGACGUGAUCUACCGGGUGCACCAGAACGGCACGAAUCGCGAGAUCGUGCUAGCUAGUCAGAACGAGGGCGUCGAGGGUCUGGCGGUCGACUGGGCCGCUAAGAAUCUUUAUUACAUAGACUCGCGUAAGGGCACGCUCAACGUGCUCAGCACGCGUAAUGUUACGUACCGGCGUACGCUUUUGAAAAACCUCAAGAGGCCGCGCGCCAUCGUUAUUCAUCCCAACCAGGGAUACAUCUUCUUCUCCGAGUGGGACAGACCAGCCAACAUCAGUCGUGCUCACGCUGAUGGAUCCAAUCUCGUUGUUUUUAAGAAUUUGACGCUCGGCUGGCCCAACGGCUUAGCCAUAGAUUUUACCAAGGACCGACUCUACUGGUGCGACGCCCUGUUGGACCACGUGCAGCACUCGAAUUUGGACGGCACUGACGUGCGCAAUGUCAACUCGCGCUUGAUCCGUCAUCCAUUCUCGAUCGCCAUCCACGAGCAGUGGAUGUACAUCACCGACUGGCGCCUUGACGCCAUCAUACGCAUGCACAAGGAGACCGGCGAACAGGAGAGCAUACUCGUUCGCGAACCUGCUACGAAUCGUCUCUAUGGUGUGAAGGUAUUUAGUCACGACGUCCAGCGACCCAAUAAUGAACAUCCGUGUGCUCUCAACAACGGCGGCUGCGAAAAGCUCUGCUUUGCUGUGCCAAAGAACCAGACCAACCGCUUCAAUCCUCUCAAGCUUACCAGGCUCUGUGGUUGUCCCUAUGGUGAAAAGCUGCAGGAAGACGGUAAGACAUGUGUAGAGGAUCGCGAGGCUGAGCCACCACUGCUGGCUUGCCCCAACGCUUGGGACUUUACCUGCGCGAAUCAACGCUGUGUACCGCAGUCCUGGGUUUGCGACGGCGACGACGAUUGUCUCGACAACAGUGACGAGAUGCAGAACUGCACCAAGCCCACCUGCAGUAGCAACGAAUUCCAGUGCAAGGCUGGACGCUGUAUACCUUUGAGCUUCCGUUGUGACGCUGAAAACGACUGUGGCGACUACAGUGACGAAACCGGAUGUCCCAACGUUACUUGUACCGCCAGCCAAUUCACAUGUGACAACAACAGGUGCAUCCCUGCAAAUUGGAAGUGCGACUCCGAAAACGACUGCGGAGACAGCUCGGACGAAGGCGAGUUCUGUGCUGCCAAGACUUGUUCUUACUUCCAGUUCACUUGUCCACGCUCGGGUCACUGCAUACCUCAGUCCUGGGUUUGCGACGGUGACAAUGACUGCUUCGACCAACAGGAUGAGAUGGACUGUCCGCCAGUGACGUGUCUCAGUACACAAUUUACCUGCGCUGAUCAGAAAAUGUGUGUCCUCGAAUCGUACAAGUGCGAUGGCAUAUCCGAUUGUAACGACGGAUCUGACGAGGUGGGCUGUCCAUCUCUAGCGCCAGAUCAAUGCAACGCCGACAAGCAGUUCCAGUGCGCAGUUUCGGGCAUUUGCAUUCCCAAGAGCUGGUACUGCGACGGAACACCCGACUGCCAUGACAAGAGUGACGAGCCAGCCACUUGCGGCAAAGUAGACUGCCAGCCAGGUUACUUCAAGUGCCGCAAUUCUCAUUGCAUCUUCAAGGCGUACAUCUGCGACGGCAAAGACGACUGCGGAGAUGGUUCGGACGAAGAUCCGCGAACUCACGCCUGUGCUCCGCCUCCAUUCAAGUGCGAAUCCCAGCAAUGGCAGUGUCCAAACGUCACCAACCAAUGCAUUAACUUGACGAGCGUAUGCGAUGGCAAGAUAGACUGUCCACAUGGUGGCGAUGAGGGCCAGGGCUGCGAUCUCAACGAGUGUUCCGAGUCCCACCACUACGGUCUCUGCACCAACAACUGUACGCAAACGCCGCUCGGCGCCCUGUGUACCUGUCCAGCCGGUGAAGAAUUGACUGAUGACGCUUUUACCUGUCGCGAUGUCAACGAAUGCGAUCCACCAGGACGUUGUUCUCAAGUCUGCGUUAACACAAAACGCAGCUUCUACUGCCAGUGCACGACAGGAUACACCUUGGACGCUGACAAACACACCUGCAAAGCUUUCAAUCACACUCAGGCUUUCCUCAUUAUCAGCAACAGGCAUACCAUUUUAGUAGCCGAUUUACAAGAGCAAGCGCUCGAAAGAGUGCCUAUUAGCGUGGAAAAUGUCGUUGCCACGGCUAGCAACAUGCACACUGGCACGAUAUUCUGGUCUGACAUGAAACUCAAGAAAAUCUCCAGGUUGGACAAGGGCAGUUACCCUCAAGAUGUCAUAUCCAGCGGUCUGGAUCUCGUCGAGGGAUUGGCCUACGACUGGAUCGGACAGAACCUAUACUGGCUUGACUCUAAGCUGAACACCAUCGAAGUGGCUAAGGAAGACGGACGCAACCGAAUGGUGCUCGUGAAAGAAAACAUCACGCAACCUCGAGGAAUGUGCUUGGAUCCGAGUCCGGGCGCUCGUUGGCUCUUCUGGACCGACUGGGGUGAGAACCCUCGUGUCGAGCGUAUCGGCAUGGACGGUACUUCGCGAUUGGCUAUCAUCACGACCAAGAUCUACUGGCCCAACGGCCUGGCUCUGGACAUUGCCACGAAGCGAGUCUACUUCGCUGACAGUAAACUCGACUUCAUUGACACUUGCUUGUACGAUGGUUCGCAACGUCUGCAGGUGUUAUCCAGCUCGCACUACCUCCUUCAUCCCCAUUCGCUGACCCUCUUCGAGGACACGAUGUACUGGACCGAUCGUCAGCUCAAUCGUGUUCUCUCGGCUCACAAAUUCAAGGGCAGCAACCAAACCGUUGUCUCACACGUCAUCUCGCAGCCGCUGUCUAUCCACGUACACCACCCGGUGUUGCAGCCUAUGUCACCCAACCCUUGUGCUCAAGCGUCGUGCACGCAUCUAUGUCUUCUUUCACCCAGUACCCCUCAAGGCUACACUUGCAAGUGCCUCGUCGGUUACAAACAGCUCAGCGACGGUAGGUGCACCGAGGAGGAUACUCCAUUCCUGAUGGUCCUCAGAGGAUCUCAGAUCGUCGACGUAUCGCUGACUCCGGGAGACAUCAAGAGUGGAUACAUCACUCCAGUCGUCGGCGUCGAGGGCGGCAAGUUCAUUGAUUACGACAGAAAAGAACACAUGGUAUAUUGGCUGCAGUCGAAGGACGGCGACGAUAGCGAGAACGGCACGCUGUACACCAUGCCCUACACCGGUGGUAAUCGCACCGAGUUCCCCAAUCCACAGGGUGACUCAGGAAUCGUUGGUUCGCCAUCUACGUUCGCUGUCGACUGGCUAGGUCGCAACGUAUUCAUCGGUAACAAGAUCGCGUCCAACAUCGAGGUUAUCAAGAUCGACGGUGAGAUCAAGUACCGCACCAUCCUCCUGGCCAAUGACGGCAACAAGACCUCGGUCGCCAAGCCCAAGUCCAUGUGCGUCGACCCGCUUGAAGGUCACGUCUUCUGGAUCGACGAGGGUGGUUUCGGUGUACCCAUAAAAAUAGGUCGCGUCAACAUGGACGGCAGCAACCCGCUGAUCCUCAUCGAGUCCGAGCAGUGGCUCGAGGCCAUCACCAUCGACAUCAGCAACAAGAUGCUGUACUUCAGCACUCAGCAUCCGGGCUACAUCAAAUCCAUGACCACGGAUGGUGCCGAAGUUCACAAUAUUCUAUCAAACGUCAACAACAUCGCUCAGCCUAAGGCUCUAGCCGUCCAUGGCUCGCGUCUGUAUUACUUGGACCCUGCUUACGAAAAGAUCGAGAGAGUCGAUCUCCCCGAUGGUGACAACCCGACCAUGAUAGUGCACAAUGACGCAGAUCUGAAAACGCUGACAAUUUACAAGAUUCGCUUGGAAGAUUCGUCGCAUCCUUGUCUCAGAAAUAACGGCGGAUGCGAACAAAUCUGUUUACCAGCUGCUGCUGGAACGCGAGUCUGCGCUUGCGGAAUGCAAUACCGAAAGGUCGGAGAGACCAACUGCGAGCCUUACAAGACGUUCCUCGUCGUCACGCAACUGGACGUUGCCCGUGGUUACAGCUUCAAGGACGCGAAGGAAGCUAUGGUGCCCAUCGCUGGUCCAGGCCAUCACAUUCUCCACGUAGACGUGCACUACGCCCAGAACUGGAUCUACUGGGUAGAGUUCAACCGCGGCACCUGGAACGGUAUCUUCCGUAUCAGGCCCAACGGUACAGAACUCCAACACAUCAUCAAGUCCGGCAUCGGCUCCAACGGUAUUCGAGGUCUGAGCAUCGACUGGAUUGCCGGAAACCUCUACUUCUCCAACGUAUUCCCACACGACAACUACGUUGAGGUGUGUCGACUGGACGGAAGCCAGCGCAAGGUUAUAGUUAAGACAACCAUCGACACUCCGCGAGAGCUCGCUGUCAAUCCCAUUCGUCGUAUGCUGUACUGGAUCGACUACGGACAGUAUCCACGCAUAGGUAAGGCCUUCCUCGACGGCAGCAACUGGAAGCCCAUCGUCACUUCGGGUAUCAGCACACCCCGAGAUCUCACCAUUGAUUUUGCCACGCACGACGUGUACUGGGUCGACUCGAAACUCGACACCAUUCAGAAGGUCUCGUACUCGGGCGGCAGUCGCCAGGUCAUCAGGAGAAACCUGCCCAACCCUAUGGGUGUAGCUGUUUUCGGAAGUGAUGUCUACUGGGUGGACCGCAAUCUCGCUACCGUGUUCCGCGCGAGCAAGCUGCCUGGUAACAUCAGUCUACCCACUGCCAUGCGCACGAACCUUCCAAAGCUCCGCGACAUCGCUAUCUACGACAAGAGCGCUCAGCCUACCGACGAGAGCAAUCCUUGCGGUCGUGCGAACAACGGAGACUGCAGCCAGCUCUGCUUCGCCUUCCCGCGUGACAACCCCGUACAAAUGCGCUGCGAUUGCGCUGUUGGCAAGCUGUCGAGCGACCAGAAGAGCUGCGAGAACGUCGAUGAGUACCUCGUUUUCGCUACUCGCACCGAGAUCCGAGCCAUUAACCUGGACCCGCGCGACACUUCCUUACCCUUUAAACCGAUAGGCAACCUCACCAACGUCGUCGGCGUCGAUUUCGACUACGAAGACAACCGCAUAUUCUUCACGCAGAUCCGGCCCUGGGCUAAGAUAGCCUGGCUGGAUUCCGCCAGUCCGGCUAGCAGUGCGAUUACUACCGUCCUCGGCAAGAACAUCAACCCAGAGGGUAUCUCGUACGACUGGACCCAGAAGAAGAUCUACUGGACUGACUCAUCCAACAACAGCAUCUAUGCGAUGAACACCGACGGCACGAGCCUUGUCAUGAUCGCGAGGGUCGAUCGGCCGCGAGCUAUCGUCGUCGAUCCCUGCAACGGUUCGCUGUACUUCACCGAUUGGGGAAGAUUCAGCACUUCCGGCAAGAUCUUCAGGACGACGAUGGCCGGUUCUUUAAAGAAGGCCAUUAUCGAGAAGGACUUGGCGCAGCCGAGUGGCUUGGCCAUCGAUUACGAGGAACGAAUGCUCUACUGGACUGACGCUAUCAAAGAAAAGAUCGAGCGGUCGGAUCUUGAGGGUAACAACCGUGAGGUUCUUAUCCCAGCAUCCAUCUAUCCCUUCGCUAUCACCGUCUUCCGUGAACACAUUUACUGGACUGAUCUGCAACUGCGCGGAGUCUACAGGGCUGACAAGUACACGGGCAGCGACCGUAUCGAAUUAGUGAAACGAUUGGAGGACUCACCGCGAGACUUGCACAUCUACUCGCCAGGACGACAACAGUGUAAGGUGAACCCAUGUAUCAUUAAAAAUGGUGGCUGCGAUCAGUCGUGUCAUCCUGGUCCCAACAACACCGUCGAAUGCAAGUGUGACGACAACAGCCGACUAGUCAACGAGAACCGCAUGUGCGUACCGAAGAAUGUUACCUGCGACUCUAGCAAAUUCGCCUGCCGCAACGGCAAGUGUAUAUCCAAAAUGUGGGCCUGCGACGGCGACAGUGACUGCGGCGAUGGCUCCGAUGAAGAUCCUAACUACUGCGCCUACCACUCCUGCAGUACCAAUGAAUUCCGUUGCAAUAACGGCCGUUGUAUCUUCAAAUCGUGGAAAUGCGACCACGAAGACGAUUGCCAAGACGGAAGCGACGAAGAAGGCUGCGUCUAUCGACCUUGUGCUGCCGGUGAGUUCACUUGCGCGAACCAGCGGUGCAUACCGCAGGCGCAAGUCUGCAACGGAGUGAACGACUGCAAAGACAACGUCACCAGUGAUGAAACGCACGAGCGCUGUCCCAUGAACACUACAUGUCCGGCUAACCAUCUUAAGUGUGAGAAGACCAACAUUUGCGUUGAGCCCUACUGGCUCUGCGAUGGCGACAACGAUUGCGGUGAUAACAGUGACGAAAAUCCACUGCACUGCUCGCAGAGGACCUGUCCCCAGAACAGCUUCAGGUGCCCCAACCAUCGGUGCAUUCCAGCCACUUGGUAUUGCGACGGAGAUGACGAUUGUCUCGAUGGAAGCGACGAACCACCAGAGUACUGUAAUUCCGAAGGAAGAACUUGCUUCGGAGAUCUCUUUACUUGUGAUAAUGGACACUGUAUUCCUAGAAUCUACAUCUGCGAUGGCGAUAACGAUUGUCUCGAUAACUCCGACGAAGAUGAACGUCACCAAUGCAACGACAGAAAAUGUGACGAGGAAACGGAGUUCACGUGCGUAGCCAACAAGGCGUGGAACCGCGCCCAGUGCAUACCACAGAAAUGGCUGUGCGACGGCGACCCUGAUUGCGUGGACGGCGCUGACGAGAACGUGACGCUGCAUCACUGCCCUGAACCUCAACCCUGCUCCGACAACCAGUUUACUUGCAACAAUGGUCGAUGCUUGAACCGUAGCUGGCUCUGCGACCACGAUAACGAUUGCGGUGACGGCUCUGACGAGGGCAAAUUCUGUAACUCCAGAUACAAGCAGUGCACGGAAAACGAAUUCACUUGCCAGAACUUUAAGUGCAUCAGGAAGCAGUUCCAUUGCGAUGGACAAGACGACUGUGGAGAUCAUUCGGACGAAGUGGGUUGUACACCCAAGGGUAAAAAUGCAACGUGUCCAAAUCCGCAAGAGUUCCGUUGUAACUCCGGCCAAUGCAUCGACCAACAGCUGGUUUGUAACAAGGUGUUGGACUGUAAUGACGGUAGCGAUGAACCCGCCCACUGCAACGUUGACGAGUGCGCCCGAGUUGAGCUUAAUCAAUGCGGUCAUCGCUGCAUCGACACGCCUACGUCUUACUACUGUGAGUGUAAUCCAGGAUACAAACUGCUUGAGGAUGGAAAGGCCUGCGCUGACAUUGACGAGUGCAUGGAAACACCUUGGGUCUGCAGUCAGCAGUGCGAGAACACACCUGGACGGUAUUACUGCAAGUGUAACGAGAAAUGGUACGACAGAGCACCGGACGAGCACACAUGUAAACGAAGGGAUAACAUCAAACCUUGGAUUAUCUUCACGAACAAGUACUACGUCAGGAACAUGUCUGUCGAUGCCUCUCAGUACAGCAUCAUGCACCAGGACCUUAUCAACGUCGUCGCCCUCGACGCCGAUUACUCGUCAGAAAUGCUCUACUUCUGCGACGUUACUGCUAAAGCCAUUUAUAGAGCUCCGAUAGCUGGCGGCGAGAAGGAAGCCAUCAUCCGGCACAACAGCUUAGGACUAGAGGGUAUUGCCAUUGAUUGGAUCGGUAGGAAACUCUACUGGCUGGACAGACAUGCUAAACAUUUGGAUGUCUCGGAACUUGAUGGUACCAACAGAAAGACCCUUCAGAGCGGAAUCGCCGACCCCCGUGCUAUUGUGGUUCAUCCUGGAACCGGUUAUCUGUACUUUACUUCAUGGCACCUUCAGGCCUACAUUGGCAAGAUGGGAAUGGACGGUAGUAAUUUGACUCGUAUCCUGACCUGGAACGACGACAUCGCCUGGCCCAACGCCCUGACCAUCGACUACAUCACCGACCGGUUGUUCUUCGCGGACGCUCAUCUUGACUACAUCGCCUUCACCGAUCUCGAAGGCCACCACCGUCGAAUUGUCCUCUCGGGCGCUGCUGUGCCUCACGUCUUUGCCAUCACAGUGUUCGACGAUCACAUUUACUGGACCGACUGGAACCUUAAGAUCAUUGGUCGCGCUGACAAAUUCUCCGGCGGCAAUUACACCGUACUGAGAAACACGACGCACCGACCGUACGACAUCCACGCUUAUCAUCCGCUCAGACAACUGCCGUACACGAACCCGUGUGCAAACAACAACGGCGGAUGUUCACAUCUCUGCCUUAUCGCACCACCAGCCAGCUCCUAUCUGUUAGAAGGGUACGGACAACCAGGUGUUACUUCUUACAAGUGUGCCUGCCCGAACCAGUUUAUCCUGGAUACAGACGGAAAGAGCUGCAUCGCUAACUGCACCAGUGGUCAGCAUCGCUGCGGCCCGCCAGAUGAGAAGUGCAUUCCAUGGUUCUGGAAGUGCGAUGGAGAGAAGGAUUGCAAGGACGGCUCGGACGAGCUGAUGAACUGCUCGACAACUCGCGUCUGUCGUCCUGGAGUCUUCCAGUGCGCCAACAAGAACUGCGUGCCAACGAUUACCGUCUGCGAUGGUAUGGACGACUGCGGCGAUCGCAGCGACGAAGCCAACUGCGGUCUCGAGUGUCCUGAGCUAGAAUUCAAGUGCAAGAGUACCGGGCGAUGCAUCCAUGAUUCGUGGAAGUGUGAUAACGACGCCGACUGUAAAGACGGCAGUGAUGAGGACCCAUCCAUUUGCCAUAACCGAGCCUGCAACCCAGAAACAGAGUUUAGCUGUAAGAAUGGAAAGUGCAUUCCUAAACUGUGGAUGUGCGACUUUGACAAUGACUGUGGCGACGACAGCGACGAGCCGGCGUUCAUGUGUCGACAACGCAACUGCACAACAGGCUGGCAACGUUGCCCAGGUCAUGCUAACUACCGAUGCAUACCCAAGUGGUUGUUCUGCGAUGGCAAGGACGACUGCCGAGACGGCUCUGACGAGCGACCCGAAAGCUGUCCCAAGUGCGACUCCAACACAGAGUUCAAGUGUGCCAACAACAGAUGCGUACCCAAGCAGUGGCUCUGUGAUUUUGCCGAUGAUUGUGGAGACGGUAGCGAUGAAUCGAAGGCUACUUGCGGCGGGGUUUACAGAGAUUGUACCGAGAGCGAAUUCAAAUGCAACAAUGGAAAGUGUAUUGCCUCGAGGUGGAGGUGCGACAACGAGGACGAUUGCGGAGAUAGAAGCGACGAAGUCAACUGUCACGAAUUCAAGUGUAAGAACGAUACCUUCCAGUGCUCUAGCGGUCACUGUAUCCCUGCGGCACUUCGCUGCGACGGUGCACGCGACUGUCAAGAUAUGAGUGACGAGGUUGGAUGCAUGCCCAAGUAUCCAGGUGGACGAUUCUGUCCGCAGACGCAAUUCCAGUGCGACAACAACCUCUGCGUUUCGCUCUCAGACAGAUGUGAUGGAAGCGAUGACUGCGGCGAUGGCUCUGAUGAGAACCCAACCAUGUGUUCUACCUUCAGCUGCGACACGACACGUCGCUUCCAGUGCGCCAACCAUCGGUGUAUCGCCAAGUACCAGCUCUGCGACGGUGUGGAUAACUGCGGAGACGGUAGCGACGAGAACAACAUGACCCUCUGCGCUCGUAAGAUCGUACCUUGCAACCCGAUCGCUGAGUAUCAAUGUGCCAACAAGAAUUGCAUCGAUCGGCUCAAGAUCUGCGACUUUGCUAACGACUGCGGCGACUUCUCUGACGAAUUAGGAUGCCAUCAUAGCAAGGUGUGUAACGAUGCUAACAAGGGCGGUUGCUCGCACUACUGCCAGAACGUGACGGACUCCGGCUCGCUGGCCGUGGACACUGCGCCGAGAGCUUACAUAUGCGCCUGCUAUCCGGGAUAUAUUAUAUCAGAAGACAAUCACAAACACUGCGAGGAUAUCAACGAGUGCACGAAGGGCCAGCACACUUGCUCGCAACUCUGUACCAAUUUCAACGGUUCAUACUCCUGCUCGUGUCGCGAUGGCUUCAAACUGUCGGACAAUCUCAGUGGUGUUUGCAAGGCUGAAGACGAUAAGGUUCUAGUCGUCUUUGGAAGCGGGCCUGAAAUCAGAGCACUGAACACAGCUAAGAACGAAGAAUUAAACGUUGUUCUCAAUGAAAAACGUAUAAAGGACAUUGAUUUCGAUCCAAAGAAGGAAUACGUUUACUGGAUUGACAGCCACGACAUGGCUAUCAAACGUUCCGCCAUGGUUGACGGCAAAAUGGUCCAAAUUGGAUUUGCCCAAGAAAUUAGCAAAACUCCAAAUACUAUACCCACGAGUCUUGCCGUGGACUGGGUGUCGGGCAACUUGUACUGGACGGAGAUCGAGGAUACAGUUCGCGUUACCCGAAGCGUAAACACCGGCGACGCUGGCGGUCGGCUUCUAGUCUCGAUGGCAGAUGGUCGCUACAAGCGCAGUCUUAUUACGCAAAAUCUGGAAGAACCUACGUCGGUUGCCUUGGAUCCACAAUUGGGUCGCGUCUACUGGGCCGAUGGUGGCAGUCAGCCCAAGAUCGAGGUCGCUUGGAUGGACGGUAACCGUCGCAAGAGCCUCGUUCUCAGCCGACUCGGCAAACCAUCAGCUCUGUCCGUCGAUCAUGGUAUGGACCACACUAUCUACUGGGCUGACAUCAAGCUUAACACUAUCGAGUCGAUACAGAAGGACGGAAGUAAUAGGAAGAUCAUCGUCAAAGGAGAUAAAGUCAAGCAUCCAGUAUCAUUGGACGUUUUUGAGAGCAACCUUUACUGGGUAACGCGCGCGAACGAGCUGAUGCGCCAGGACAAAUUCGGUCGAGGAGUACCAACGACGUUGGCGCGUGACUUCGGCAGUCCCGGCGGCGUGCGGGUCUACCAUCCGCUUCGCUACAAUACUACACUGCGAGACCCAUGUCAUUCGGUCGACUGUUCGCACUUGUGUGUCGCGGUGCCACGUGGCCACCACUGUCUCUGCCCGGAUCGUCGACCUGGACUCGAACUUGCCACUCUGGCACUCAACGAUGUCGUCUGUGAUGCCACCAUCGAGCGCGAGAGGCCUGCACCUAAGACCUGCCCAUGUCAGAACGGUGGUUACUGUAAAGAGGACGAGACUGGAAAACUGUCAUGUAUCUGUCUCGAGGACUUCCACGGCGAAGCGUGCGAGGUUGGUCUCGCUUCGACGAGGUACGGUGGCUCAACGGCAUCGAUCAUUGUGCCGAUCGUUGUCGCGAUUUUAGUGCUUUUAGCCGCAGCGGCCGUCUUCAUGGUACUCAAGAAACGACCAUUCGGCAAACCUGGUCUUGGUGGUCUGACUGGUGCUCAAAGCGUCUCUUUCCGACAAGGCAGUAAUGUCGAGUUUGGUGCAGCUACGAAUGAACGAAUGGAACCUCUCGACGUCGAGUACAAUAUGGGCGAGGUGAGCAAUAAGAACCGCGACUUCAGCAACCCAAUGUACGACGCGGUGAACAUGGAAACAACGACGGGCACGACGGGUAGCAAUACUACUACCAAUGGCACGAGUACGCCAGGCAACAAUAGCACGGCUACAAGUAUCUACGAGGUACCGGCCGAGAUGAAACCCUCGAGUGUUCAACACAAGGAGCCGCCUCAGAUACAUCUCAAGCGACGAGAGCUUGACCCCGCGGUCGAUUCCGGCAAAGAUACCCAGCAGCUCGUCGAGGAGGAUAAGUCCGAGUCGUAGACUACUUCGUUUUAUCGGGCUUUUCUAGCGCUCGUGUUGGUUUUUAUUUCGUCAAGUCGCUGCGUUUGCGCCGAACGAUGCUGCGCUCUUUGUUUUCCACUUCUUAUCCCAGGCAUCCGAUCGCAAAUGCGAAGUUGAGUUUAACAAUUUUAUUUAAGUAUUUAUAAUAAGGGGAUCGAUCCGCGAAAGGUUUUGUAGAUUGCAAAUAGAUCAGAUCCUGAGAUGCGAAGUGAAAGAUAAGUAGCCAUGGUGGCAUAUGCGUUUUCAUUCCUUGGUUACAUGACAAGCGACUGAUGUGCAAACCCGACGGCCAAACGCGCGUUGUAAAUUUAUCGCGUGCACAGUUUAUUGCCUUUAAGCAUUUCUCGUCUCUCGUCAUUACAUUAGAAAAGGUAUUGUACAAUAGAAAGUCUCUUAUUUUAUUAUGUAUUUUAAGAUUUUAUGUUCCUGCUGUUGCUGUAGUAUUUAUAAUUGAUUAAAACUUUAGGAAUCAUACUGGGAAAUCACGUUUUUCCGGUAUAGUUCUUGAAAUGUUUCGCAUCGAUUAUGGAAUACUGUAAUAGUACGAAUAUUCGUAUUAAAGUAUAAAAUAGUGCUAGAUUUUUCACAAUAUUUUCAAGUGUAAUGCAUUGAGGUUUGGUUAGUCGGGAUAGCGGUAAACUCGACGUACAUAUUAGGAGUGUUAUCACAUCUAUUGCGCUUUGAUCUUUUAUUAUUAUAUAAAUCUCUAUUUUAAGAUAUUUACUAUGCCCUUCGACUGAUAAGAAUUUCAUUUUUAUAUUAUACUGUGAAUGAAAAAAAUCAAAUAUUUUUAUAAAAAUUUAAUCACUCUCGCCUGAUGUUACAAAUACUCUGUUUUUGAAAACGAUACUAUCUAGUGAGUGCAAUCGAAUGAGUAUAUCGAGAUUUUUUUGACGGGAAGGGACUCAGUGAAAUUUGACAAUAUAGAGAUCAAAUUGCAAUAGACAUAAUACGACUGUGUCAGUUAUCUUUUUUAGAACAAGAGAUGUAAACUUUUACCAUAGUUUUAAAGAUAAUGAUCGUAUGAACUUUCGACGAUUGAUUUCUCAUCGAGGUCCAAACGAUCGUAAAUAUUACAUCUCCUACAGAGAUGUGAUUUGUAAGUCUUGUAAAUAUAAUUGCUAUGAGAUAUUUUAAAAUCAUUUUAAUAAUUCGUGUAUCAUAUAAAGGUGUGAACAAAAAAUGAAAUGAACGAGAGAUACACUACACAUUCCAUUGUUAAUUGAGAGCCAUCCGAAGGCAUAUUAUUAUGUAGUGAAAGACAAGAUGUUUUUAUUGUAUGCUAGUGUCAAAAAAGAAGUGUCGAAGUUUCGAGGCGUCGCGCAAUAGUUUAGUACGAUAUUAGAGUUUAUUACAAAGAAAAAAUAUGAGAAAUUGAAAAAUAUUUAAAUGCACCAUUUGCGCGACGCGUCGCUGUGAAUUCGAGGUGAAGCUGGAGUUGUAAUUUUUACUUUUUAAUUAAUUAUAGGAAGGAUAUAUAUAUAUAUAUUUUUUUUUUUGUAGAAGAAAAAAGUACGAGACAAUCGUUCGAAUGAGCACGUUUAACUUUUUUCUCUGCGAUGGUGAAUGGACUUUUACAAGACAAAAUAAGAAGUAUAAAGCUAUAGAUUCAAAAAAAUCAUUAAACAAAACUCGUGAACUUCGUUAAGCAUUAUUAAUUAUUAUUACUAUUAUUUUAAAAGAAAAGAACUACUAAGCGUAAAUGUUACGAAGGCCAAUUGAUGUGUAUUCUAUAAAGCAAGAUCUUAUCUUUUUCUUAUUCCUCCAAGCAUAAAAUGCUCAGAAAGCUUAGUCUGGCCACGUCAGUGUUGUUGUACAUUUUCUUUCUUGUAAGAUACUCGCGAGGCGCGUCGAAGCGCCAAUUCCUCCCUGGCGACCACAACGAAUUAUUAUGUCAAAUAUCGACAAAUCGAGUCUCGAAUUUCGCGCGCCGGAAAAAUCGGCCUAGGGUCGAUCGGAGGGGGGCUGAAAAGCACCGACGACUCGACAGCCGAAUUAUCCCCGUGCGGACUCGAGAACUCGAUGAAUCCAAGCGAUAAACAAUUAUACGGAGACGAUUGACGUGUCGAUGCGCUUCGCGCGCUCGAAAUAAUUAUACAUACAAUUAUUAUAUAAAUAAACAAAUAUAUAUAUAUUUUGUUGCAAUUGACAGAUCGAAAUCUGGAAAGAGCUCCAGCGUGUGUCCUAAAAAUGAUGUUUAUAAUUAUAACAUAUCAGUAUUUUGUGUAUUUUUUUAUUCAGUUGAUGAAAUAAUAAUUGUUAAUAUAUUGUGCAAAUAUCAAACUGAUACCGUCCAACAAUAAACUCUAAGGCUAAUAAUCCAA